GUCGCUGCUGCUGCUGUCUCAGUCGGGUCACGCGGAGCUGGGCGGGGUGGUGGCGAGUGCGGUCACGCGGGGCGCCAUCAGCUCGCUGGGGCUGGUGAGCACCGUCAUGGUGCAGGCGCAGGUCCUGGAGCUGCUCCGUUCCGUGUUGGCCGCCUACCUGCCGCCCCACCCCGCCCGCCAGCCCCACUGCAACAUGCUGCGGGCGGUGCUGGGGGAGCUGCCGGGGGUGACGCCGCAGGUGCUAGACAACUUCUCCGCCGCCUUCACCUCCGCCCACGGCGACAAAGAGCAACGCGCGCUCAUCAAGCAGCUGCUGGCGGCGGUGGGGGGAGACGAGGUUCGCAAGCUGCUCGCUGCAGUGUCCAAGGUACCUGCAGGGAUAUCCGCGGUUUCGGAGCCCAAACACAAGGAGAGGGGGCCCGUGCAGGAUGUAACACCUCAGG